AACGGUUUUACGUUUACUUGUGCCCACUAGGUCACUUCCGUUUGCAGUCCAAGAUGGCGGUGGUCGCUUUACGAAACUCGGCGUCUCUGCUUUCACUGUCAAUAUUCAGCAAUCGGUUCCUCCGACCGGAGCUGAACGUGCUUUGCUCCUAUCACAAAAAGGUGGUGGACCAUUAUGAAAACCCGAGAAAUGUGGGCUCUCUCGACAAGAACAAGAAGAACGUGGGGACCGGGCUGGUGGGUGCACCAGCCUGCGGGGAUGUAAUGAAACUCCAGAUCCAAGUAGAUGAAAACGGCAAGAUAGCGGAUGCGAAGUUCAAAACAUUUGGCUGCGGAUCAGCCAUCGCCUCCAGCUCUCUGGCAACAGAGUGGGUGAAGGGGAAAUCGAUUGAUGAAGCGCUCAAGAUUAAGAACACAGACAUUGCCAAAGAACUUUGCCUUCCUCCCGUUAAGCUUCAUUGUUCUAUGCUUGCAGAAGACGCCAUAAAAGCAGCGCUGUCAGACUACAGACUAAAACAAGAGGACAAGAAAUAGGAACGUGCCAAAGCCAGCAGUUAACAAGUUAUGUGCCAACCAUAAUGGGAUAUAUAUAACUAGCGUCUCUCAGCAGAGCCGCGUGAAGCUGAGUGACUCUGAGUCUUGCCUUCAGGGAACAUUCAAUAUAUUAGCUGAUGGAUUUUGCAAUUUGGAAUCCCGAGUUGAAUAUUUGACCACCAUGUUCCUCAGUGUGCAGCACGGACUGUUUUCCCGCUCUGCAGUGAUUUUGUGCACAGAACAAAAAGGAGAUCUUUAAUAAAGCAGAAGCAAAAUGA